UAAAAAAAACAUAGUAGAGUGAGAGCAGACCAAACCAGUCCUCUCACCAGAAGAACCCCCACAGAUUUGUACAGAGAGAUUUAAAUAAAUUAAAAUAAAGCUUGUCUGAAUUUCUCAGAGAGCCGGAACAAACAUACUUUUGAGAGAAGCAAUCUUUUUUUUUUUUUUUGGUUCUAAAGUUUUGAGGUCUUGUUGAAUGUUAUAAUAAGUACGUAUAUUUACUUUACAAAUUUCUUGGCUUCCGGGAUUGCUGUUCUUGAGCUCCUUUUUGGUACUGAAACCCAGAACUUGAUUUCAUAUGUAAAAGUUAAAUCUUGGAGAAUAAUAUGUUCACUGAAGGACUUGAUAGAAGUGCUCUUCGUUGGGUUAGAGAGAAGGAUGAGGUUCCUUUAUCCAGUUCCAAUCUGAGAACCCGAAUUGAUCCUAUGUCUAACAUUCGAAAUGGCGGAAGAGGCUUUGGACUCCCUCCACCCUCGAAAUUCAGAAGUGGGCAUUUGCCCGCUAGUGCCAUUCCGGUGUCUAGAACCAUUCCGGGUGAUUUGGAUGCUAGUGGGUCAGGCUCUGAAAAUGGCAUGAGUACUGAUUCAGAGGAGGAUGUUUAUGGAGGAAACUCAGUUGAUUCGUCUCCCCAGAUGAGUAAUGGUGGCGCUGUUCAUAGAUAUGGUAACCAUUUGAAAAAGGAUUCCCACUAUAGCAGUGACUAUACUUAUUCCGAUGUCGGUUCUUCCAUGGAGACAGUGGUUGGACUCGGAAAGCAUGGGUUUAUGGCGGAAAGGGUAGUAGGAGUUGGAGGAGCUGGAAGGUACCAAUCUAGGAAUGGUUUUACGGAGGAUGAGUCUGAUGACUCUGCUGCGAGCUCGGAGUUUUCUACUACACAAGUGGGAGGAAGCAUUAAUGGUGGUGCGAAACAACAUAGAUUCUCGGAAGGAUAUGCUUCCAGUGUUCCAUCCACAGUUCAUGUGGAGAGUACUGCUGUAAAGGGUUUGCAUUCAAGAAAGCUGGAAAAUGGUAAGUUCUCUGACGAUGAUGAUGUUCCCAGUGCACCACCAAUUGGUGGAGGCUCUAUUACUCAGGAAAUCAAACAAGCCGCCGACAGAAGUCCAGCUUCGAGGGUACACAGUACCCCAAAUGCAGCAGAUUCGCCUGAAAAUAAAACCACAUCCAGUCUUAAACCGGAAAAUAAAAUCGCAAAUGGCAAAUCUGACAAUUUUCUAAGAACUACUACUGGUUCAGAAACUACUACAUCAUCUAGUCUAGCUCGACUCCCAACAUUUCAUGCCAGUGCACUAGGGCCAUGGCAUGCUGUUGUUGCCUAUGAUGCAUGUGUGCGUCUUUGCCUUCAUGCUUGGGCAAUGGAAUGCAUGGAAGCACCAAUGUUUCUAGAGAAUGAAUGUGCACUACUAAGGGAGGCAUUUAGUUUACGGCAAGUACUGUUACAAUCAGAGGAAGAACUGAUGGGAAAGCAGACCUCAGAACUAGCAAGUGAGAAAGCUGCACCCAAACCUAAGAAAAUUGUUGGCAAGAUGAAAGUGCAAGUGCGUAAAGUGAAAAUGGCCCUGGACCCACCUAUUGGCUGUAGUAUAAUUACUUACAGACCAUCAAUAAAACUGGAAUCCAUCAAAUAUGGUUUCUCCAACUUGCAGUCAACAAUCACUUCAGGAUGGCAAGCUCUUCGAAACAUUCGUGUUGCUCCUCGUAUGCCUGCAAAUGGUUCUUUUUCACGCCAAAGCUUGGCAUAUGUGCAAGCUGGCACUCAGUAUAUAAAACAGGUGUCUGGACUCCUAAAAACUGGUGUUGUAACAACUCUACGUAACAGUUCGUCAUCAUAUGAAGUUGCGCAAGCAGAAACAUACUCUUGUUUUGUAAGACUCAAAAGCUCACCGGAAGAAGAUGCUAUCAGAAUGCAGCCUGGAUCUGGUGAAACUCAUGUUUUCUUACCAGAUAGCUUGGGAGAUGAUCUAAUUGUUGAAAUCCAAGAUUCGAAGGGGAAACAUUUUGGUCGUGUGCUUAUUCAAGUGGCAACAAUUGCUGAUGAUCCGUCUGACAAGUUACGAUGGUGGUCUAUUUACCGCGAACCAGAACAUGAGUUUGUUGGAAAGCUACAGAUUUGUAUACUUUACUCAAUGAGUUCGGAUGAUAAUAGUCUUAAAUGUGGCUCUGUUGCUGAAACAGUUGCUUAUGACCUCGUAUUGGAGGUUGCUAUGAAAGUUCAACAUUUUCGCCAAAGGAAUCUAUUAUUGCAUGGUCCUUGGAAAUGGCUUUUAACAGAAUUUGCAUCUUAUUAUGGUGUUUCUGAUAUAUACACCAAGCUCAGAUACCUCUCUUAUGUCAUGGACGUUGCUACACCAACUGCUGAUUGCCUUAUGUUGGUUUAUGAUUUGUUAAUGCCAGUUCUUAUGAAAGGCCAUAGUAAGAGCACAUUGAGUCAUCAAGAGAACCGGAUCUUGGGAGAAACCAAGGAUCAAAUUGAACAAGUACUUGCUCUAGUUUUUGAGAACUACAAAUCAUUGGAUGAGUCAGCACUCUCGGGUAUUAUGGAGGUCUUUAAAUCUGCAUGUGGGCAUGCUGCACCUGCACUGGAGCCUGCCAUAAAACUUUACACUCUUCUUCAUGAUAUCUUGUCCCCUGAGUCACAAAAUACAUUAUGCCACUAUUUCCAGGUUGCUGCGAAGAAGAGAUCAAGAAGGCACUUGACAGAGACAGAUGAAUAUAUUAGCAAUAACAAUGAUGAAACUUUGAUGGAUACCUUAGCUAUGACUACUGCUUACCAGAGGAUGAAGUUUUUGUGCAUAAAUAUUAGGAAUGAAAUUCGUACUGAUAUUGAGAUCCAUAAUCAGAAUAUACUUCCAAGUUUCAUAGAUCUUCCGAAUCUAUCUUCGUCAAUAUACAGCACUGAGCUUUGCAGUAGAUUGCGUGCUUUCCUCAUUGCUUGCCCCCCAACAGGCCCUUCACCUCCUGUAGCAGAACUUGUUAUUGCAACAGCAGAUUUACAGAGGGACCUUGCAAACUGGAACAUCAAUCCUGUCAAGGGUGGAGUUGAUGCAAAAGAAUUGUUCCACCUUUAUAUCAUGGUGUGGAUUCAGGACAAGCGACGGUCUUUGCUUGAAACGUGCAGAUUAGAUAAGGUGAAAUGGUCAGGAGUUAAAACACAACAUUCUACUACUCCUUUUGUUGGUGAGAUGUAUGAUAAAUUGAAGGAAACUCUGAGUGAUUACGAGAUCAUUAUAUGUCGAUGGCCAGAGUACACUCUUGUUCUAGAGCAAGCUGUUGCUGACAUUGAGAAGGCAGUAGUGGAAGCUUUAGAUAAGCAGUAUGCAGAUGUACUUGCACCGUUGAAGGAAAACUUGGCACCUAAGAAAUUUGGCCUCAAGUAUAUGCAGAAACUUACUAAAAGAUCAGCUAGCUCCUAUGUGGUCCCCGAUGAGCUGGGCAUUUUGUUGAAUUCACUAAAAAGGAUGCUUGACGUCCUGCGGCCUAAGAUAGAAGUUCAAUUCAAAUCAUGGGGGUCCUGCAUCCCUGAUGGUGGAAAUGCUGUUCCUGGUGAACGUCUCAGUGAAGUUACAGUCAUGCUGAGGGCGAAGUUUAGAAAUUAUCUUCAAGCGGUGGUGGAGAAACUGGUGGAAAAUGCUAAGUUGCAGAGUGCGACAAAGCUGAAAAAGAUUCUCCAAGAUUCAAAAGAAAGUGCGGUAGAAUCGGACGUUCGAAAUAGAAUGCAGCCUUUGAAAGACCAGCUUACCAAUACUAUAACCCACCUUCACUCUGUCUUCGAGACUCUUGUGUUCAUUGCUAUCUGUCGAGGUUACUGGGAUCGAAUGGGACAAGAUGUUCUAAGCUUCUUGGAGAACAGGAAAGAGAAUAGGUCAUGGUACAAGGGCUCACGGAUUGCUGUGUCUAUCCUGGAUGAUACCUUUGCCUCUCAGAUGCAGCAAUUACUAGGGAAUGCACUACAGGAAAAAGAUCUAGAGCCGCCAAGAUCGAUCAUGGAAGUCCGAUCGAUACUCUGCAAGGAUGCUCCGGAUCUCAAGGAGAACAGCUACUACUUUUAGCUCCGGAUCAUGUACAUAUAAUAAUGAGUCUCAGAAAGGGAAAUUUGAUCAUGAUUUGAUGAAGUGGAAAAGAGAGCUCAGAUUGCCACCAACCAAGCCUACAGAACAGAAUGUUGCAUAUUUGCUAUAUCCAAAUGUGUAUGAUAAUAUCUUAUCUAAUAUAUAUAUAUAUAUAUAUAUCGUACUACUCGUGCUGCGAAUUUUGUAGAGAGAGCAAGCAGCUAGCUGCUCUGGAACGUCUAUUAAUUAUUUUUUCUUAUAAA